CACAGUCCUUCCAGAGUGAGGCUUACCGGGAGACAGGAGGUUUCCACCUGUCGUCGUGAACACCACAAUCUUGAACCACGACAUUAAACAUCACUUUUGGUUCUGAGACGCUCUAUUUCAAGACGGACCAAAACGGAUCCGAACAACGAAGACGGAAAACGACCCUCUCUAACUUCUGCAAUCAUGAUGUCAAUGAAUAGCAAACAACCGUUCAGUAUGCAUCCGAUACUGCACGAGCCGAAAUACACGCCUCUGCAUUCGAGUUCGGACGCCAUACGGAGAGCUUGCCUACCAACGCCGUCGCUACAGGGAAAUAUCUUCGCCGGGUUCGAUGAAACUUUACUGCAGAGGGCGGAAGCACUGGCGGCGGUGGACAUUGCUCAGAAGAGUCACCCUUUCAAGCCAGACGCGACCUACCACACCAUGACCACCAUGACCAGCAUGACCUGCACACCCACCUCGUCCUCUGGCCAUCUGCACCACCCCUCCGUGCUCGCCUCGCACCACCACCACCCUCACCACCAGCCGUCGCAGGGCCUGGAGGGGGAUCUACUGGACCACCUCACCCCCGGGCUGUCCCUGGGAGGUAUGGCCGGAUCCGACGUCUGCUCCACGGCUUCUCAUCCACACGCCCACGUGUCAGCCAUUAACCACAUGCAGCACCACCACCACCACCACCCGCAGACCAUGAACAUGCACCCCCACGCCCUGGGUUCGCAUAAUUCGCUUGUCGGUGGCGGGGACUCCGAGCCCGACCCCCGGGAGCUCGAGUCGUUUGCCGAGCGGUUCAAGCAGAGAAGGAUCAAGCUUGGAGUGACACAGGCGGACGUGGGGUCGGCGUUGGCCAACCUGAAAAUCCCCGGGGUUGGUUGUCUCAGCCAGAGCACAAUUUGUCGGUUCGAGUCCCUCACCCUGUCACACAAUAACAUGGUGGCCCUGAAGCCCAUCCUCGAGGCGUGGUUGGAGGAAGCGGAGAGGGCGCAGCGCGAGAAGAUGACCAAACCAGAGAUUUUUAACGGGGGAGACAAAAAAAGAAAACGUACUUCCAUCGCCGCGCCGGAGAAGCGCUCUUUAGAGGCAUACUUCGCGGUUCAACCGAGACCUUCUUCAGAAAAGAUCGCAGCGAUAGCGGAGAAACUGGACCUUAAAAAGAAUGUGGUUAGGGUGUGGUUUUGCAAUCAGAGGCAAAAGCAGAAAAGGAUGAAAUUCUCUGCGGCCCACUAGGCCCAAAGACAGAAGGCAAGAACUUCGGAAUCAAAGACACUAAUCAGAGACUAUACUGUGCACCAUCGAAGCUGUUGAUCUAUACGCCCCUCUCGCUCUUUUAACUUGUGGGAGAAAAGAAGACAAAUCGAAUUUCUCCCGAGGCGAUAGGUGCAACUUCUGACGCUCAAUAUUCAACAUAUCGACAACUAGGCCUACAAUAAACUCUCCAUCGUGACGGAAAAAUUCAUCCUAACCCCAUCAUCAAUGGCAAUUAUUGUACAAAAUGACGGAAAUCGAAUGACAGGCCUAAUUGUUAUUAUUCUCGGAAGUCAAAAUAACUUUUUUAUAUUCAUCAUUGUAAAUAUUUGUGAAUACAACAUUGCACCACGUGUGACGACCGCAUAGCAUUUCUUCCCAUUUUUUCUUAUUUCUUGUCUUUUUUUGAAAAUCAACUGCUAUUUGAGUACGGAUGCCUCGGGCGUAAUGUCAUUUUAUGUGUCUCAGAGACAAGCCUCUCAAUAACACGAGGGGCGUAACUGUAAUCCAUUGCAUGGUUUACUCGUAGGGCGUGAUCUGUGCGUUUAUAGUUACUGUAAAAAAUCCCAUCUGAAUGCAUUGCAAUAAGAAAGAAAAAAACACACACAGCAGACGAACGCACGUGCACACGCACGGACAUUACACAGUGCUGCUCUGUGUCUACCUCAUUACGCUAGUAUUGGCACACGUCAUUGUCGUUUUUGGACUUGAUAUCUGUAUAAAAACACAAAAAGAUCGAUAGGUUUAUUCGUUUUUCGUUUUUUCACUAAUUUAUGGUUGAAUUAGAUGACUCACCGAUGUGUAAAACAUGUAUGUCUGUGCGAAUUUCACUGCAACGAUGCUUUGACAAUCAAAUUAUUUAGAAUAAUUAUGUUGUUAAAUCUCCAUUUUGUCUCCUAGCGUGUAAGCGAAAAUGUUUUUGUUCUAUUAUUUAAUAUUAGGGUUUUUAUUAUUAUUUUAUUAUUAUUAUGGGAAAUAUUGACAAUUCCCAGAGUUAUGUGCACUUUGUAGAUAUUCAGAAGAUAAGGAAUUGUUGUCUUAUUUAUACCUUUUCACCCAUUCACUAUGUUUGCUUUAUUUUUAUUUACCUAUUUAUUUGAACUUAAUUUAUUUGAAAUUUAACGUAUAUUUCAUUUGUGAAAGUGUGCUUAAAUGUUUCUGUGUAAGCGACAGAAUCUGAAAUAAAC